CAAAUUAUGCAACACUUGUAGAGGAGGCAUUUGCCCUCACCGUGGUAGUUCCCUUAGAAGAUGAGUUAUCUGAAGUAGAUGGCUGAAAAAGCAAGAGCCCAAAAAGGAAUACCGGUAGCAACAACUACGUUCUAGUUAUCAAAACCAUGGCGGCAACUACCUUAAACCUAUCAAAACCAUGUUCUUGUACUCCCAAAAUCCCGUUUCUGUCUAAUUCAAGACUACUACUACACAGUAGCUGUCGAUUUGGAGGAACCUUAAAGCCAAAAGCGGGUCUCUCCCAUUUCCUCAACAUUGUUGAAACCACUUCUUCAUAUAUUCAACUUCCACUGCAACUCGAGCUUCAUGAACCUUCCAAUGCUCUCUCUUUGCCUACUUGGGCUGUUCAUGUCUCCAGCGUCGUUGAAUGGAUUAUUGCUAUGGCGUUGGUCUGGCAAUACGGAGAGAAAUCUGGAUAUGAAGCCUGGAAGGGGCUUUCUUGGGGCAUGGUGCCUCUACUUGGUGGAGCAUUCUGUGCUUGCACAUGGCAUUUCUUUUAUAACUCCGAUUCCCUUGAGGUAUUGGUAGCACUUCAAGCGGCACUAACUGUAAUAGGUAACUUCACAAUGUGCAUAGCUGCAUACCGAAUAUACAAAUCAUCCCGUCAAAGCUCUGAGAAUUUGUGAAGUUCUCAUACAAGCAUUUCGAGGUAGCAUUUAAGUUUGAAUAAAAGUCUUAAUCUUCUGCUGAUUGGUACACUAUCCUUCUUGAGCUUAGAUGAAUAUGAAGAAUCUGCGGAUUUAUAAAAUUGUUGCAAAUGAAAGAUACACUUAUGUUUGUUGAUCUUGAUCUUGAUCUCGAUCUCAUUUGUGUAAGUUUUGUAUCUAGCUUUCUUUUCACAUGAUACUAUCCCCACAAGAGAAUUCAACUGCAUAUUGAUAUUGAUAUUGAUACAUGGGAGUGACCUUCCCUGUUAUUUUGUCAAAAGAUUAUUUUGUGCAGUAUAUGUAUAAGAAUGCUUUAACCUUUUUGUAUUUUAUAUUUUGUAUAAUGCUAUUUCUAUUCUUAUUUAUUA